GUCCCCUCCCCCUCCCUGACGUCACAUAGCCCAGUGCAUUACUGGGAAGGAAGCAUGGUGUGAGCUCGGUGAUCACAUUGCCAGAAGCUGAGGAUCCCUCUCCAUACUGAGACAUCGAUCGUUCCGAUCUCCAGGUGACACCUGUAUGAUCCAGCGUCGGCUGCUCACCACCAUCUGCAGGAUGACGGAAGAGGCCAAGAGACUGGCGGGAUGUGCUGCUGUGGACAAUCACGUUAAGAAUCAUCAAGUUCUUGGUAUUGGAAGUGGUUCUACCAUUGUUCACGCAGUCAAUCGAUUAGCUGAGAGGGUGAAGAAUGAGAAUCUGCAGGUGUCCUGUGUCCCGACAUCUUUCCAGGCACGUCAGCUGAUACUUCAGAAUGGAUUAACUCUGACAGAUCUGGAGAGACACCCGGAGCUCGAUGUUGCAAUUGAUGGCGCUGAUGAAGUUGAUUCAGAUCUCAACCUCAUCAAAGGUGGAGGGGGAUGUUUGGCCCAAGAAAAAAUUGUUGCUGGUUGUGCAAAGUCCUUCAUCGUUAUUGCAGAUUAUAGAAAAGAUUCAAAGAAUUUUGGAGAUCAGUGGAAGAAGGGUAUUCCCAUAGAAGUCCUUCCAAUGGCUUACGUUCCAGUGAGCAAAGCAAUACAAAAGAAGUUUGGUGGUGUGGCGGAGUUGAGGAUGGCUGUUAGUAAGGCUGGCCCUGUGGUUACAGAUAAUGGAAAUUUUCUUCUGGACUGGAAGUUUGACCGCGUUCAGGAUUGGAAUACAGUUAAUACAGCCAUCAAAAUGAUUCCUGGUGUGGUGGACACUGGGCUCUUCAUCAAUAUGGCUGAACGGGUCUACUUUGGCAUGGAAGAUGGUACUGUGUCCAUCCGUGACAAGCCUGUACAUUAGUUCCAGUGCAGUUGUGCCUUGUUGCUGCCCAUUUUCUCUGUGCCAAUCCGAUUUUUUUUUUUUUUUUCUUUUUUCUUUAUUACAGUGCUGCGUUCUUCUUCUUUCUUGUUUUGUUAAGGAAUUGCAUUUUUAUAAAUCACUGUUGCCUUUUUUCCCUGGUACAUGUCUGAUUUAAUAUCUGUAUAUAAGGGAACUCUGUGAUUUCAUGUUUUUAUUGGUCCUGCCAUUUUUAGUUUGAUCAACAGCCUUGGGCAUAUUUAAUUACAUGGAAAGGUAUCCUAAUUGGCAGUUCACCUUCUUUAAAAGGUCAGUCCACUGAAAAAUGAAAUUCAGCUUUUUGGUACAUAGGGGAUAGGUAAAGGAGAAAGUACAUUUUGUAAUUUGCUUCCUGAGAAAUGUUUUUUUGAAUGUAUCUAUGCAGUCACCUGACCUCCAAUGGUCCAGCUUGCUCCCUCUUCUCUCUGUAGCUGCUGGGUGGUAACUCUUCUCCUCCUGCCCAACAACACUUGGCAUUCCUGGGACCUAUGGCCUCUGUUGGAAUGAUGUCACAAAUCCCUAAUAUUCACCACCAUUGAACCUUCCACUGUACAGAGAAGAGAUGGAGUGUAACUGCAUAGAGACCCUAAAAAAUCAACUAUUCAAAAAGUGA